UGUUACUCUUGCUUUUUGCAGUGUGCUAUUGGUUGCUAAAGAGACAGGCAUACACAAAUCUUGGCUCAUGCCAUGGUUUGCACAGCAAGCACCUAGCAGUGUAAUCCCAUGGAUCAAGAGAGAAUAUGGACUGUGGACAGCUUUUCUUGCGAUUUUGGUGCGCUUGUUCUUACCCACUCCAGGUGAGCUGGAGCUUCCACUCUCAACAAUGUGGCUUAUCAUCAUUGCUCCUUACCAGGUGAUGAGUCUGAGGGGAACUCAAGCUGGCAGGAUACUAUCUUUGGGGGUAGCCGUGUAUCUUGCCUUUCAGUACUUCACCAGGAACAGAGGGUUGGGUAGAGCCUUCCGUCCGGGGUCGAUAGUCGCGACCCUCGCCGUCAUCUGCAUCACAGUUACCAACGUGAUCCUGCUGUUCUGAGUUGCAAAGAGUUCACCCCUUGUUGUAGGCCUGACUGUCGAGGGGAAGAGGAGGAGCUACUCCAGAGUGCAAUCUACUGAUAUAUGCAUCUUCAUGUACGACUGAGUCGCACAGAUAGAGGCGGGGCUUUAAUUUUAGAUUUUCUCUGUUCGAUAACAAUUUCACAGCCAUCUCUUAUAUUUUGAUGACAGUUUUUGUCGACACGGGGUACAAUCAAACUCAAAAAAGAGCAGGAAAAGAAUCUUUGGAAUUGAGGAGCCCCUUGAUAUAAGAAUGUACUCCCUAUUGGGUAUACUUAGGCAUAUAAUUUUCUCCUAAGUCAAAAUUUUCAAAGGUUGACCAAA